GACUAACUUUACGGCAGUGUAUGUCGACAUCGCUGGAGUUAAAGCCGAACUUUAGCCUCGAAGCUGUUCUAGAACAUCUCACACACACUCAGACUCACAUACACUCACACACACACACCUGCUCUGAUGGCGAACGCGACUUUAUUCGGGGCUUUCAGGCGCUUUAUGAGCAGAAAUGUGAAGAUCUGGAGGAGCAAUGAGCGCGUCUGGGCGGAGAGAGUCCGAGCUUCAAGCAGGAAGGGUGUAGUGCUGUUGGCUGUAACUCCUCUGUCAUACCUGAUCUACCGGAGAGUGUCUCGUCUCGCUCCGGUGUGUGCGCUGAACUCAGCUGAAGAGAUUCUAGAACAAGCAGAUUACCUGUACAGCUGCGGAGAAACACAGAAGCUGCACCAACUGCUGGACAAACACAGAGACAGUGGUGACGCAGAGUUCCUGUGGCGUCUGGCGCGUGUGUGUCGUGAUCUGGCUCUUCUGUCGUCCGCGGAGGAGAAGCGGCGUCUGACAUAUGAAGCGUUUCAUUACGCCACCGCCGCGCUGCAGAGAGACGAGCAGUGCUACGCCGCGCACAAAUGGUUCGCCAUCUGCCUCAGUGAUGUGGGCGAUUAUGAGGGCAUCAAAGUGAAGAUCGGAAACUCCUACAUCAUCAGAGAACACCUAGAGAGGGCCAUCCAGCUGAACCCGCGGGACGCCACGUCCAUACACAUCCUGGGCUUCUGGUGUUUUGCCUUCGCUGAGUUGCCGUGGUAUCAGCGUAAGGUGGCAGCGGUGAUCUUCGGUUCUCCUCCAACAGCCACAUAUGAAGAGGCUUUAGAGUUCUUCCUGAGAGCUGAAGAAGUGGAGCCCAGUUUCUACAGUAAGAACCUGCUGAUGCUGGGGAAGACCUACAUGAUGCUGCGGGACGUCCAGCAGGCGGCGCUGUGGCUCACCAAAGCCAGAGACUAUCCUGCAGUCACAGAGGAAGACCGACAGGUCCAUCAGGAGGCACUGGAUCUGCUGAAGAGGCUCAGUGUGUGACCAGUGGAUGACACACACACACACACACACACACCAGCCUCCUCUUCCUUCACUCGAGAUUUGUUACGCACUAAUGUACCGUUUAAUGCGUGUCUGUGCACACGACUACUGACAUACUCUCUCCCACACACACACGCACACGCACACACACACACACACACACACAUGCACUGAGGGUGUGUCAGCACAGCUCCUGCGUGCGUCUCAUUGCGGUGCAGCACAGUGAUGAUUGUUUUAACCUGUUGGUGAGUGUGUGUGUGUGUGUGUGUGUGUGUGUGUGUGUGUGUGAGUGAGAAUCUAAAUUCACCUCUACCCUCUUGAUAAUAAUGAACUGGAUGAUCAGUGACCCUUGGUGUUGGGGAUCUAGUAUGUGUGUGUGUGUGUGUGGUGUGUGUGUGAUGUUCAGCAGGGUUUGGGGACCAGAGUCAGCUCUCUCUGUAACACUGCAAUAAAGACAUCUAGAUUAUAUACAUCUAUA